AUGAAAUCAAAAGUGAAAGAGUCUAGUGCCAGUCCAACAACUGCUAAUGGUAUCUCCACCCAGAAUAGUCCAUGUUUAAACACAUUUGUAGUUUCAACACCAGAGACACCACAUAAAUUCUCUAAUCCAAUCGAUAUUAUUUCAAAAAAAAGUUCCAUUAAAAGCUUUGGAAGUGUCAAAUUUAUUAAUACCCUGGAAAUAACAAGUCCCCUUUUGAAUACUGAUGACAAAUAUGUGAAUCGACAAUCCGACCAUUGUACUUCUGAAUUUGAAGACUCUAAGAAAGCAGGUUUGAGCUGUUUGCCAUACCAAUGUGAAAAAAGUUCGAAUCUAAUGGGCGGUAAAUUUUCGUUAAUGGUAGCUGGUGCAAGAGGUACUGGGAAAUCAAGUUUUGUGAAUUGUUUGUUUGGGAGUGAGUUGUUAGUUGACAGUUAUGAUACCACCAAUGAAGAGUUUCUUGAUGUAAAGAACUUUGAAUUAACUGAGAAUGGAUUCACGUUGAAUUUACAAGUAAUUGAAACUGUAAAUUAUGGUAAUUCCUUUGACACAGGGUUUAAACCGGAAUCGUUGUGUGCCUUUGUGGAUGAAAAAUUUAAGGCUUUCCUUUAUCAAAGUAAGCAGCCAAGAAGAGAAGGGUUAAUUGACUUGAGAGUGCAUUGCUGUGUUUAUUUUCUAUUCCAAACAGUCAACCCAAUAUCAGAUUUGGAUAUCCAGACAAUGAAGAGUUUAUCAACCAGAACAAACUUGAUCCCCGUGGUAGCCAAAGCAGACACAUUAACAGAAACUGAAUUACACAACUUUGAAAUCAUGGUCAGAACAACGUUGGCAAAGCAUGACAUAGAGACUUGUCAAUUUUUCUCUAAUAAAGAAUUACUACAAGAAAUUAGGUUGAAGAUUCCCUUUUCAAUUAUUUCUUCUUCUUUUUCUCCAUCAUUGGAUAAUAAUAACGGAAUAAUUGAAAGAAUUCGAAAGUAUCCUUGGUGCUUAUUAGAUAUAGAAAAUGAAUCUUAUUGUGAUUUCCAUUAUAUCAGAAAACUAUUAUUAGAAGAGAACAUGUUAGAGUUUGUAGCAUCAACUGAAGUUUACUACGAGCAAUUUAGGAGUAUUUUUCUAAGUGGUGAUUCAAUUGCGGUAUCAGCAGAUUAUUACAAAAACUACGAUUCAAAUCAAUCUAAGAAUUUGAAGGAUAAACUUGAUAGAAAAAAUUCUAACAUGAAAGAAAAUUUCAACUAUUAUCAAGAUCAACAUGAUAAACUUAAAGCAAAGAAAUUGUAUUUGAUCCAACAACAAAAAAAGCUACAAAACGAAAUACAUUCUUUGGCAAACGAACGAACGGAAUUGCAGGUUUUUGUUAAUAACUACGAGACAUCAAGUUUUGAAAGUCAAGAUUCUCAGAAUGCAAUUACUGGCAAUGGCUAUAAUUUAUUUUAUCAACAAAAUACAUUGGUAAAUUCUUUGAGUGUUGAAAUGUCAUCAUCGUCUGACACAGUUAUUUCUCAAUAG